CCCAUAAGCCCAAACAAAGCGGUGAACCUUCACGUGAACCCACUUUUUCAUCUUUAAAGAGAAAACAUCCCAUUCCAAUCCAUCACCAGCAUAAGAUCUUCUUGACACAAAAGAAUGUGCACCAGAUCUUGAGUUCGGGCAUGGAAGCAUUGUGGAACUUGGAAGACGAAUGGAAACUGUCGACCCGAGAAGCCUUCUUGCUAUUCGGGUGCACUGCGUUUGCUGUGGUUGGGCUUGGAGCUGUUGCAGCAGCAUUCCUCAAGAGAGCGAGAAAAAAACAGGUGCAAGUCAUUAAUGUGAGCCAAGAACCAACCGUGAGUCACUCUUUCCAUGAAGAACGGCCGGAGCCAAGCUGUGGAUGGGUUGCGAUGAAGAGGGUGUUGAUCGGUUCGCUGAGGUGGAGCAAAGCGAGCAAGUGGGAGGAUAGGAAAAUGGGGGGUUGGGGGGAGAGGCCGCCGCUGCCGCUGCUUGCAUUGGAAGGUGAUGUUGUGGGGUGGCAGAGCCACAAUUCGGAGUCACCUGUGUGGCAGAGGCCGAUAUUAAUGGGGGAGAAGUGCGAGCUCCCAAGGUUUAGCGGGCUUAUUCUGUACGACGAGCAAGGUCGGCCCCUUAGCGGUUCAUCAAAGGAUGCCGGCGCAAACCAGGAGAAAAUAACCGGUGGUGGCAAAACAACUCUGAAGGAUUUGCUGUGAUUUUGCUUGUCAUAUUUACCUGUAUACUUCUAGCUGUAAGCAAGGGGGAUUUCCCCUGGAUAUUGUGACCUCUCCUAUGUGAAUAAAUCUUUCAACCAGACAGUCUUCACAUAAACUAGUACAAACUAGCAUCUCAA